AUGGCCGACUCCGACGAACACGACGACAUUGACAACACCGAGGCCCACCCGCUGCUGGCAGCGCCGAGCCUCCCGACCCAGACGGCCGACAAGCCCUCCAAAUCCUCUGAAGUGACCGCACUCGACGCGGCCGUCGCCUCCUCCUCUUCCCCAGCUUCGUCCUCGGCGGCCUCUGUCCGCUCAGUUCGACCUUACCGCACCUUUGACGAUGACGUCCUGCCCGAAACGUCGACGCUCGGCCGCACGCUCAGCUGGCAGAGCGCCUACAUCCUGGUCAUCUCGCGCGUUAUAGGUAGCGGCAUUUUUGCCACGCCGGGCGCCAUCCUGCGCGGCGUCGGCAGUCCCGGACUGGCGCUGCUGCUGUGGGUCGCCGGCGCGGGCGUCGCGGCCUGCGGCCUGGGCAUCGCGCUCGAGUACGGGUGCAUGCUGCCGCGGUCGGGCGGCGACAAGGUGUACCUCGAGUUCACGUACCGGCACCCGCGCUAUCUGGCGUCCAUCCUCAUCGUGUUUGUCGUCGUGUUUCUCGGGUUCACGGCCUCCAACUGCGUCGUCUUCUCGCAGUACGUGCUGUUCGCCGUGGGCAUCGAGGCACCCAGCGAGCUGCUCCGCAAGGGACUGGCUGUGGGCCUGCUGACGGCCGUGACGAUUGUGCACGGCGGCUUCCGGGCGACGGGCGUGCGGAUCCAGAACGUACUGGGCUGGCUCAAGGUGGGGCUGGUCGUCUUUAUGAUUCUGUCGGGGCUGUUUGUGGUGGUCUUCCGGCCAAAGGGCCGCGAGGCGGCACCGACAAUGACGCUGCCCGGCCUCUGGGCCGGCUCCAACUGGAACUGGGGCGCCAUCUCGACAGCCCUCUUCAAGGUCUUUUAUUCCUACACCGGCCUCGAGAACGCCAACAACGUCCUCAACGAGGUCAAGGACCCCGUCCGCACGCUGCGGUCCGUCACCGCCUCGGCGCUCGUCACGUCGUGCGUGCUGUACCUGCUGAUCAACGUCGCCUACUUCGUGGUCGUGCCGCUCGAGACGAUUGCCAACAGCGGCGAGCUGGUCGGAGCCCUUUUCUUCCAGACCAUUUUUGGACGGCGCGUCGGCGGCAUCGCGCUCUCGCUCGCCAUCGCCCUGUCCGCGGCGGGCAACGUCAUGGUCGUCGCCUUUACCAUGGCCCGCGUCAAGCAAGAAAUUGCGCGCCAAGGCCUCUUGCCGUACUCGAAGCUGCUGGCCUCCAACAAGCCCUUCGGCUCGCCCCUCGGCGGGUUCUUCGUGCACUACAUCCCCUCGUUUCUCGUCAUCGUGCUGCCGCCGUCGGCCGAGGUCUAUUCGUUCAUCCUCGAGGUCGAGGGCUACCCGGGCCAGUUUGUGUCGAUUGCCAUCGCCGGCGGGCUGCUGUAUCUUCGGUACACGCGGCCGGACCUGAAGCGCCCGUUCCGCGUCUGGAUCCCGGCCGUAGUGCUCAAGAUUGUGCUGAACCUGUCACUGAUUGCCGCGCCCUUCUUCCCGCCCAAAACGCCACCCACCUCGGGGCUGUUCUACGCCACCUAUGCCAUUGUCGGCGUCUCCAUUCUCGCCUCCGCCGUGCUCUUUUGGUGGGUGUGGGCCGUCGUCUUGCCGGCCUGGGGCAGGUACACGAUCGAAGAAGAGGCAGAUGAGCUCGACGACGGCACGGCCAUCACGCGCCUGGUCAAGGUGCCCAAGACGGAGCUGGGACGUUGA